GGCUGUCAAUUUUUUUUUAUUGUUUUCAAAACAAUCACUGAUAGCAUCACAAAAAAUUAGCUUUAUCAAGUGAAAAGUGGGUUUUAUAUGUGAAAAUGGAUGUUUCAUUUGAAGAAGGGACUAUCGAUCUCUCAGAUUCCGAUGAUGAUUGCUUUACAAUUGAUCUCAAUGAAAUUGGAGGAAGUCUGCUGAACGAAGCAAAGGAUUUGAUUGUAAAACAUGAUGAUAUUACUCCAUACAAUGCCAUGCAAUUGAAUCAGCGAUAUAUAAAAUAUCUAGAGAUCCUACGCAAAAAAGUGCAAUCGCUCAUUGAACUCUGUGACAAGAGAUACAAUAAAAUUGACGAAAUAUUCCAGAACAGAAAGGCCUUAUCCACAGAACCCAAGCGGAAUGCCAAAUGGCAGAGUGUUCGAUGCUACGGAUAUCCCUUCUUCAAGACCCAAACGGGAAAGAAAGCCCCAGAGAAUGAGGAUCAUAUCGCCAGGAAGGCCCGCGGAGAAAUGGUUCCGCUGGAUUUUGUGUACAUGAAAAAGAAGAAUUGGACGCUGCUGGAUCAAAAGGACAUUCUGGAUGGUGUAAAAAGCAACAUGAUAACAUUUCACAAUCAGAGAGUGCAGAGAGCAAUAAGAGUGCUUCAGAGGCGCCGGAAGCAUCCCAACAGAUUGGGUAAGAUUGAAUCUCUGGAAAAAGAGGCAGAGAAUGUCUCCUCAAUGUCAUUUCCCGAACUCUGGGAGUGCGUCAAAGACUGUGAGGAUUUCAAAGUGGAUUGGGACUUGGUAUCCUUGAGAAUUGGUAGUCGUCAUCAGCCCAAUGAAUGUGAAGCCAUGUGGAGGCUCCAUUUGAAUCCCGAACUCAGAAGAGGCUUCUGGCUGACUGAAGAGGAAGAUGAUCUUCUCAAUGCCGUGGAGGAGUUUGGAGAGAAUGCCUGGGAUAAGGUUGCAUCGAAAGUUGGGAAAAGAUCUGAAUUUCAGUGUUUUGUUCACUAUCAGGCCAAUUUUGGCAUAAUGGCACGCAUUGAGUUCAAGAAGAAAUUCACCCCGGAAGAAGAUGAAAAAAUUCUGGAAUUGGUAGAAAAGUAUCGAUUUGGUGAUUCAAUUUGUUGGACUCGGGUUGGAAGUGAGUUUGUGACCAGGACAAAGCAUACCCUUUACAAGCGCUAUCAGUAUACAUUGAAGCCCAAUAUCAAUCACGACAGAUUCACCGUGGAGGAUGAUUGUGUCCUCAUGGCAGCCAUUGAGGAGUAUGGCACGAAUUUCUCCAAGAUUGUCAAGGAAGUCAUGCCAAAUCGGACGGUUCCACAACUCAGAAGUCGCUAUAAGAAUUCCCUGAUGUUUGUUGGCAACAACAAUAUCUGGACAGUUGAUGAGGAUGAGGCACUCAUGAGAUACAGUGAUGUUGAGAAUAAAACGUGGGCGGAGAUUGCUAAUAUUCUCCAGACACACAAUCGAAUCAGUUGCCGAACACGCUAUGUUACAAUCAAGAAAUUUCUCGAGGCAAAUCCAAGAAAGACUGUUCAAGAUGUUCCCCGGAAAUUCCGAAGACUUACGACAACUGUCACCCGAGACAAUUGGAAGCAGAAAAUCGUGGAGCUCCAGCAGAAUAAGCCAGAGGUUGAUGAGGAUCCACUACGGGAAGCUUCGGUGAUUGAUAAAAAGUUUUUCAAGCUUUUUCUCACCACGUAUGACUAUCAUUUUGGUGAGGAAUUGAAACCACAGAGAACCAUCAAAAAUAAUCUUUUUCACAUUUCCAAGAUCCUCGACAUGAAAGUGACCAAAUGUCAAGUAGACGCUGUUAAGGAUAAUUUCAGUGAAAAUCAAUUGAAACAUAUCAGAAGUAUUACAGAGCGCUCUUUUCCCAAGGAAUUGGAAUUCUGGAAGACAUUGUGUUUACCGGUCAGUUGGAGCACAAUUGUGGCUUUUAGAGGAAUUGCAGCGACUCUGGCAUUUGAGAAGCCCGUCAGCAAGACUGCUAUGAUAUCAACAAAUGUACCAGAAGUGCGGGAAUUUAAGGAGCGCUUUCGAAAGAUGUUCUACUGGACUGCACUUUUGAGUCGUUUGGCCCAUCCUGUGACUCAGUCAAAUGAUGCAGAAGUUCAGGAAGAAAAUGAUCCUGAAGCAUCGUGUUCAACUACAUUGCCUCAGGAAGCCACAAUUAUUCCAGACGAUUUGAAUAACUUAGAGUACGUGAUUGAAUAUUCAGGAGAUGAGUAUGUGAUAAAGCAGGUCUCUCCAAAGAAAGAUACUGCCAGCAAGAGGAACAUAGAAGUCGGUGAGACACUACUGCCUACUAAAAGGUUGAAAACUGAAUGAAAAGGUGAGACUUUCGCGAUUGAAUCUCAGAAUUGGAGGAUUUUGGCUCCAUGUUACGAUUUUUUAGCGAUUCCUUUGCAAGAUUGAUUUUUUUUUAUAAUUCUGUAAUUUGCAGAAAGGGCAGAUUGUUAGCAUCCUGAGUAAGCUACACCGAGAAAUUGUAUUUUGCACGUGCCCUACUCUGAAGUAAUUAUUAAAAUAAAUGCUGAUAUUUUGAAAAA